AUGGGGGACACAGCGCCCCCGCAGGCCCCCACCGGAGGGUUAGGGGGGGCCCCUGGGGCGGGGCUCCUUGGAGGGGGCUCUGUCACCCCGAGAGUGCACAGUGCCAUCGUGGAGCGCCUUCGGGCUCGAAUCGCCGUUUGCCGCCAGCACCACCUGAGCUGUGAAGGACGCUAUGAACGUGGUAGGGCUGAGAGCUCAGAUAGGGAAAGAGAGAGCACCUUGCAGCUCCUGAGCCUUGUACAGCAUGGCCAGGGGGCGAGGAAGGCCGGCAAACACUCCAAGGCCACUGCCACCGCGGCCACCACGACGACAGCCCCUCCACCACCACCUGCCGCACCUCCCACAGCCUCCCAAGCGGCCACGCAAGCAGCCCCGCCGCCCCCGCCAGACUACCACCAUCACCACCAGCAGCACCUGCUGGACAGCAGCAAUAAUGGUGGCAGCAGUGGGAUCAGUGGGAUCGAAGGGGAGCAGCAGCCACCGGCUUCGACCCCCGGGGACCAGAGGAACUCAGCCCUGAUCGCGCUCCAGGGUUCCUUGAAAAGAAAACAGGUCGUCAGCCUGUCUCCUGCCAACAGCAAGAGGCCCAAUGGCUUUGUCGACAGCUCCUUCCUUGAUAUCAAAAGAAUCCGUGUCGGGGAAAACCUCGCUGCAGGACAAGGAGGCCUUCAAGUAAAUAAUGGACAAAGUCAGAUGAUGGCAGGGACCUUGCCCAUGAGCCAAGCCCCGCUGAGGAAGCCUGCCACGCUGCCACCACACGCACCCUCUCCUGGAAACGGUCUGUUCAGCAUGGCCUUGAAGGAGGUGAAGAAGGAACCGGGGGAGACGCUCUCUUGCAGUAAGCACAUGGACGGCCAGAUGGCCCAGGAGAAUAUGUUUUCUAACAACAGGUACGGGGACGAUUCUGGAGAGCAGCUGAUGGACCCUGAGCUGCAGGAGCUGUUCAAUGAGCUGACCAACAUCUCCGUGCCUCCCAUGAGUGACCUGGAGCUGGAGAACAUGAUCAAUGCCACCAUUAAGCAGGACGACCCAUUUAACCUGGACCUGGGUCAGCAGAGCCAGAGGAGCACGCCCAGGCCGUCCUUGUCCGUGGAGAAGGCAGUGAUCAAAAGCGAAUACUCGCCUGGCCUGACCCAGGGCCCCUCGGGCUCUCCUCAGUUGAGGCCCUCAUCGGCGGGUCCCGCGUUCUCCAUGGCCGCCUCGGCCCUCUCCACCUCCUCCCCCAUCCCCUCGGUCCCUCAGAGCCAGGCUCAGCCGCAGACAGCCGCAGGGGCCAGCCGGGCCUUGCCGAGCUGGCAGGAGGUGUCCCACGCCCAACAGCUCAAACAGAUUGCCGCCAAUCGGCAGCAGCAUGUCCGGAUGCAGCAGCAGCAGCAGCAGCAGCAGCAGCAGCAGCAGUCGAGCAACUGGCCGGCCCUGUCCUCGUCCGCCGGGCCGUCCCCGGGUCCCUUCGGGCAGGAGAAAAUCCCCAGCCCUUCUUUCGGCCAGCAGCCAUUCAGCCCGCAGAGCUCCCCGCUGCCGGGGGUAGCGGGCGGCGGCGGCCAGCCCAAGGUCAUGGCUAACUACAUGUACAAGGCCAGCGCGUCGGCCCAGGGAGGGCCGCUGGACGUGCUCCUGCAGCCCAAGCCUCAGGAUCUCAGUCGGAGCUUCAUGAGCAGCCCGCACACGGCGCUGGAGCCCCGGCAUGGCAACACCAAGCCGCUGUUUCAUUUUAACUCAGAUCAAGCCAGCCAGCCGAUGCCUUCGGUUUUGCCUUCCCAGAGCAAGCCUUCCCUCCUGCAUUACACCCAGCCGCAGCCGCAGCCGCCGCCGAGCUCCAUCCCGGCUCAGCCGCAGCCGCAGCCGCAGCCGCAGCCGCCGAGCUCCAUCCCGGCUCAGCCGCCGCCGCCGCCGCCGCCGCCGCAGCCCGCCCAGCCUCUCCCGAGCCAGCCUUUGCUGAGGUCCCCCUUGCCGCUUCAGCAAAAGAUCCUGCUUCAGAAAAUGCAGAAUCAGCCCCUCGCAGGGCUGGGGUAUCAAGUCUCCCAACAACACCGCCAGGACCAACAGUCUGUGGUAGGCCAGAACCCAGGCCCCAGUCCAAGUCCCAACCCCUGCUCAAAUCCAAACACUGGAAGUGGUUACAUGAACUCUCAGCAAUCACUGUUGAAUCAGCAAUUGAUGGGAAAGAAACAGACUCUACAGAGGCAGAUCCUGGAGCAGAAACAGCAGCUUCUCCUCCAGCAGCAGAUGCUGGUUGACACGGAGAAAAUUGCUCCGCAAGAUCAGAUAAACAGACAUUUGACAAGGCCACCCCCAGAUUAUAAAGACCAAAGAAGAAACGUAGGCAGUGUGCAGCCCACUGCUCAGUAUUCUGGUGGCUCAUCGGCAGUGAGUUUAAACUCUAACCAGGCUUUGGCAAACCCAGUUUCAACACACACCAUUUUAACUCCAAAUUCCAGCCUCAUGUCUACUUCUCAUGGGACAAGAAUGCCAUCCUUAUCCACAGCAGUUCAGAACAUAGGGAUGUAUGGGACCCUGCCUUGCAGUCAACCUGGCACGUACAACAUCACUUCAGGAAUGAGUCAGCUGACCCCACAGAGAAACCCAAACCAACUGCUAGCAAAUCAAAACAACCCUCUGAUGCCACGGCCGCCUACUCUAGGGUCCAGUAAUAAUAAUAACGUGGCCACUUUUGGAGCUGGAUCCAUUGGCAAUUCACAGCAAUUAAGACCAAACUUAACCCACAGUAUGGCAAGCAGGCCUGCCCAGAGGACGUCGAACGUGAUGGUCACAUCCAACACGACGGCACCAAACUGGGCCUCUCAAGAAGCAACAACCAAACAGCAGGAGGCGCUGAAGUCCGCAGGAGUCCGCUUCCCCGCGGCUACGCCUGCAGCCUACACCCCAAACCAGUCACUGCAGCAGACCGCAGGUAGCCAGCAAUUUGCCCAGAGAGCGGUUGCUCCUCCUAGUCAGUUAACGCCAGCGGCGCAAAUGAGACCCAUGAGCCAAAUGAGCCAGACAUUAAAUGGACAAACCAUGGGUCCACUCAGAAGUCUGAAUCUCAGACCCAAUCAGCUCAGCACACAGAUUUUGCCGAAUUUGAACCAGUCAGGCACGGGGUUGAGUCAGUCGAGGACAGGCAUAAGCCAGCCACCAUCCCUGACGCCCGGCAAUUUCCCUUCACCCAACCAAAGUUCCAGGGCUUUUCAAGGAGCUGACCAUGGCAAUGACUUAGCUUUUGACUUUCUCAACCAACAGACUGAUAACAUGGGCCCAGCCCUAAACAGUGAUGCUGACUUCAUUGAUUCUUUAUUGAAGACAGAGCCUGGUAAUGAUGACUGGAUGAAAGACAUCAAUCUUGAUGAAAUCUUGGGGAACAACUCCUAAAGGAGGAAAGGGAGACAAUUCGCAGACUCCAAGCAUGCAAAGGCAGUAUUUCACGAGGACUCCGUGAAGGCCAAACGGUUGACUUUCACUUGGACUCCUAUGAUACCUUGGCUGAAACGGGGAAAGCAGGAAGUAACUAUAGCGGCGAGCAUUUUGGUCCAAAUGCUCGUUUUAAAUCUCAAACCUGAACGUAAAACAUUGGGGUCACUUUUCCCUGUCAAAACUCCAGGACACAGUAUCCAGUUUACCCAAACAGAGCUGUGAUGUUGAUGUGUAAUUAGUUGUGUAAAAUGAGCUUCCCAAGCUCCUCUUCGCCCUGAAGGAGAAGUCAUAGAACCCAUAGCUGGUUUAACCCCCACGUCACGCAGAGGUACUAGUUCCAAGCCACAAGCUACAAAUCCCCUCAUUUGCUCUAAUUGAUACAUAAGUGUGGUUUAAUCUCUCUACUCUGUUUUUUUCAUUUAGAUUUUCUAAAACUUCCAGGGUAGAUCGAAAUGCUGUAGGUUUGUUUAGAGUACCCAAACAGUGUCCUAAGUCAAGGAGAAGUGGAGAGCCCAGAGAACAUUCCGUGGAUGAUAGAUUUUCUUCCCCAGAUUCACCCCCUCACUUUUUCACUUUUCCCACACGUCCUCCACUUCAGCGAGAUGCUGUGUCUAGUGAUGAAACAAGAACACAGAGCUGUCCAACUUCAUUUGGGCUUCCACAACUAAUUUCUGAAUCCAGCUUCUGAGUCUUGGCUACAAUCAUGACCUGUGGCUAAUCAUACUGAAAUAUUAGUGCGCACCUGUCUGCAUCAGAUUUCACUGUUUAAAAAAGAAAACCCUCCACUGGGCGAGGCUCUAAAGAAGAUGUAUUUGACCACAGAUAACUUGGUCUUAUUGUGAUGAUGCCUGCGGGUUAGCUCCCAAGCUGAGUGGGAAAUCGAGCCCUCUCUGCUUAUUUUGAUGACCAGAGACUGAUUUGUAAGAAAAGGAAGUUUGGAGACCAAAACGGAGAAGGUAUCACGUUUUGGUUGAAGAAAACAAAAGAUCAGGACCAGGGACAGCAGGUACCGGCGGGUGCAAAUCUAUUUCAUGGGGUUUGAGGGAAGGCAUCAUUGAGAGGAAAAACAAUCUGCCUUUAUUUGGACACAUUAUUUGGGAGAACAACUGAAUAGAAUGUGCUGUUAGUUGCCAUCUAUUCAUUCUUCUGUCCCCGAUGUGAUGAAUCAUUGCCACAUGCUAGAUGGGCCCAUCGUAUCCAGGUUUUCUCCCUCAGGGCUGAGCAUUGUAUCAAAGAAAAAGGUCCUGUUGAGUCAUGUAACAGAGCAGCUGUAAAAUGGGGAAGAUGUGGGCUGAUGUGGGAUGUAUGCGAAAUAGCACUAUCAUUUUCCUCAUUCCAGAGGAACACAGGUUAUCGCCAGCCUUCUUAGCCAUACACUCACGUAUUCAAUUAUCAAAUGAUAUUUAACUGAAGUCAUUUAAUAACUCUUUAAAUACCUGUUCUAAAAAGAACACAUUUGGAGAGUUCUGCAAAGCCCUCUCCCAAUCUUCAAAAUGUCUAGAAGCACUCUUCCUUUGACACAAUACCAACAUCACUGGCCUGGAAUCGUUUCUGUGCUAGGUUGUAAAUAUAAAUAAAUGACUUGUUUUGUAAACUUUUGUAAAGAAUAUUUUGGUAGAAAUCCUUAAAGCAUAUUCUUUGGGUUAUAUUUAUACAUAUGUGAAAUAAAUAUACUAUCAAAAGGUUAUAUUUUAUACAAAAAGUAAAUUGUUACCUUUUGUAUGCUAAUAUACAAAGUUUUGUAUAAUAGGAUGGUUUAUUUUUAGCUCUACACUUAAACCAUAGGUGGUCAAGUGGGAACUUUUGAAAACUAUCAAGAGGCUUGUUAGGCAAAUUUCUAUUCUGAAACCUCAAUAAGAAAGCAUUCCAGGUUUCAAUUCUUUCCUUUUUUUUUUUUUUUUUCUGCUCCCGAAUUCUUUUUGAAACCCAUAGUUCUUGUGUCUUGUUGGAUUAUUCUGCUGUGCACAUUGUACUGGUCCUUGUUGCAUGUGGCCUACUGUGUGUUUUCCCAUUUUAUAAAACAGUGUUUCUCCAUGCAGAAAAGCAAGGAAAACAUUAUGUACAUACAAACACUUUUCUUUUAUGGCUCCUCCAUGUUACUGUAUAUAUCUGCCAGCACUUCCCAGUUACAUGCCUGUGAUUCAGCUUAUUUUUACCCUAACAUAGUCUGUUUCGUAGUAGCUAUCAAAUUUAAGAGAUCAAGCAAUCAGAAUGUUUGGAUUUUCUUAAUGUGAAUUUCAUAAUUAAUGUCUAUUUAUUCAGCUAUUCAUUAAAA